GCGGUGUUUCCCGCGCGGGCUACCCCAGUUCCCGGGCGUACGGCGCGGCCUUUUGUACAGCCGCCGGCGCCGUCGCCGUCAUGGGUUUCCUGAAACUGAUUGAGAUCGAGAACUUUAAGUCGUACAAGGGUCGGCAGAUUAUCGGACCGUUUCAGAGGUUCACAGCCAUCAUUGGACCCAAUGGCUCUGGUAAGUCAAAUCUCAUGGAUGCGAUCAGCUUUGUGUUGGGUGAGAAAACCAGCAACCUGCGAGUAAAGACCCUGAGGGACCUGAUCCAUGGAGCUCCUGUGGGCAAGCCAGCUGCCAACCGGGCCUUUGUCAGCAUGGUCUACUCUGAGGAGGGUGCUGAGGACCGCACCUUUGCCCGUGUCAUUGUUGGAGGUUCCUCUGAGUACAAGAUCAACAACAAAGUGGUCCAGCUACAUGAAUACAGUGAGGAAUUAGAGAAGUUAGGCAUUCUCAUCAAAGCUCGUAACUUCCUCGUCUUCCAGGGUGCUGUGGAAUCUAUUGCCAUGAAGAACCCCAAAGAGAGGACAGCUCUAUUUGAAGAGAUCAGUCGCUCUGGGGAGCUGGCCCAGGAAUAUGACAAGCGAAAGAAGGAAAUGGUGAAGGCUGAAGAGGACACACAAUUUAAUUACCAUCGCAAAAAAAACAUCGCAGCUGAACGCAAGGAGGCCAAACAGGAGAAAGAAGAGGCUGACCGCUACCAGCGCCUGAAGGAUGAGGUGGUGCGAGCUCAGGUGCAGCUGCAGCUCUUUAAGCUUUAUCACAAUGAAGUGGAAAUUGAGAAGCUCAAUAAGGAAUUGGCCUCUAAGAACAAGGAGAUCGAGAAGGACAAGAAGCGAAUGGACAAGGUAGAGGAUGAGCUGAAGGAGAAGAAGAAGGAGCUGGGCAAAAUGAUGCGGGAGCAGCAGCAGAUUGAGAAGGAGAUCAAGGAGAAGGACUCAGAGUUGAACCAGAAGCGGCCUCAGUACAUCAAAGCCAAGGAGAAUACCUCCCAUAAAAUCAAGAAGCUGGAAGCCGCCAAGAAGUCCCUACAGAAUGCUCAGAAGCAUUAUAAGAAGCGUAAAGGUGACAUGGAUGAGCUGGAAAAGGAAAUGCUAUCAGUAGAGAAAGCCCGGCAGGAGUUUGAGGAACGGAUGGAAGAGGAGAGUCAGAGUCAGGGCAGAGACUUGACCUUGGAGGAGAAUCAGGUGAAGAAAUACCACCGGUUGAAAGAAGAAGCCAGCAAGAGAGCAGCUACCUUGGCCCAGGAGCUGGAGAAGUUCAAUAGAGAUCAGAAAGCUGACCAGGACCGGCUGGAUCUGGAAGAGCGGAAGAAAGUAGAGACAGAGGCCAAGAUCAAACAAAAGCUGCGGGAGAUUGAAGAGAAUCAGAAACGGAUUGAGAAACUAGAGGAAUACAUCACUACUAGCAAGCAGUCCCUAGAGGAGCAGAAGAAGUUGGAGGGGGAGCUGACAGAGGAGGUGGAGAUGGCCAAGCGGCGUAUUGAUGAGAUCAAUAAAGAGCUGAACCAGGUGAUGGAACAGCUGGGGGAUGCCCGUAUCGACCGACAGGAGAGCAGCCGCCAACAACGAAAAGCAGAGAUUAUGGAAAGCAUCAAGCGCCUAUACCCUGGCUCUGUGUAUGGCCGCCUCAUUGACCUCUGUCAGCCCACACAGAAGAAGUAUCAGAUUGCUGUAACCAAAGUUUUGGGCAAGAACAUGGAUGCCAUUAUCGUGGACUCUGAGAAGACAGGCCGGGACUGUAUUCAGUACAUCAAGGAACAGCGUGGGGAGCCUGAGACCUUUUUGCCUCUUGACUACCUGGAGGUGAAACCUACAGAUGAGAAGCUCCGGGAACUGAAGGGGGCCAAGCUGGUGAUUGAUGUGAUUCGCUAUGAGCCACCCCACAUCAAAAAGGCCCUGCAGUAUGCUUGUGGCAAUGCCCUCGUCUGUGACAAUGUGGAGGAUGCUCGCCGCAUUGCCUUUGGAGGCCACCAGCGUCACAAGACAGUGGCACUGGAUGGGACCCUGUUCCAGAAGUCAGGGGUGAUCUCUGGUGGGGCCAGUGACUUGAAGGCCAAGGCUCGGCGCUGGGAUGAGAAAGCAGUAGAUAAAUUGAAAGAGAAGAAGGAGCGGUUGACAGAGGAGCUGAAAGAGCAGAUGAAGGCAAAGCGGAAAGAGGCAGAGCUACGUCAGGUGCAGUCUCAGGCCCAUGGACUGCAGAUGAGGCUCAAGUACUCGCAGAGUGACCUGGAACAGACCAAGACACGACAUCUAGCCCUGAAUCUACAGGAAAAGUCCAAACUGGAGAGUGAGCUAGCCAACUUUGGGCCUCGCAUUAAUGAUAUCAAGAGGAUCAUCCAGAGCCGAGAGAGGGAAAUGAAAGACUUGAAGGAGAAGAUGAACCAGGUAGAGGAUGAGGUGUUUGAAGAGUUUUGUCGGGAGAUCGGUGUGCGCAACAUCCGGGAGUUCGAGGAAGAGAAGGUGAAGCGUCAGAAUGAAAUUGCCAAGAAGCGUUUGGAGUUUGAGAAUCAGAAGACUCGCUUGGGCAUCCAGUUGGAUUUUGAAAAGAACCAACUGAAAGAGGACCAGGAUAAAGUACACAUGUGGGAGCAGACAGUGAAAAAGGAUGAAAAUGAGAUAGAAAAGCUCAAGAAGGAGGAGCAAAGACACAUGAAGAUCAUAGAUGAGACCAUGGCCCAGUUACAAGACCUGAAGAAUCAGCACCUGGCCAAGAAGUCGGAGGUGAAUGACAAGAAUCAUGAGAUGGAGGAGAUUCGUAAGAAACUGGGGGGCGCCAACAAGGAAAUGACCCAUUUACAGAAGGAAGUAACAGCCAUUGAGACCAAGCUGGAACAGAAACGCAGUGACCGCCACAAUUUGCUGCAGGCUUGCAAGAUGCAGGAUAUCAAGUUGCCGCUGUCUAAGGGCACCAUGGACGACAUUAGUCAGGAAGAGGGUAGCUCCCAGGGGGAGGAUUCAGUGAGUGGUUCCCAGCGAACUUCCAGCAUCUAUGCACGAGAGGCCCUGAUCGAGAUUGACUACGGUGACCUGUGUGAAGACCUGAAGGAUGCCCAGGCUGAGGAGGAGAUCAAACAGGAGAUGAAUACACUGCAGCAGAAGCUGAAUGAGCAGCAAAGUGUACUCCAGCGUAUUGCUGCCCCUAACAUGAAAGCCAUGGAGAAGCUGGAGAGUGUCCGAGACAAGUUCCAGGAGACCUCAGAUGAGUUUGAGGCAGCCCGAAAGCGAGCCAAGAAAGCCAAGCAGGCAUUCGAACAGAUCAAGAAGGAGCGCUUUGACCGCUUCAAUGCUUGCUUUGAAUCUGUGGCCACCAACAUCGAUGAGAUCUACAAGGCCCUAUCCCGCAACAGCAGUGCCCAGGCAUUCCUGGGCCCCGAGAACCCUGAGGAGCCCUACCUGGACGGCAUCAACUACAACUGUGUGGCUCCUGGCAAACGCUUCCGGCCUAUGGACAACUUGUCAGGGGGGGAGAAAACAGUGGCAGCUCUGGCCUUGCUCUUUGCCAUCCACAGCUACAAGCCAGCCCCCUUCUUCGUCCUGGAUGAGAUCGAUGCUGCCCUGGAUAACACCAACAUUGGCAAGGUGGCAAAUUACAUCAAGGAGCAGUCGACUUGCAACUUCCAGGCCAUCGUCAUCUCUCUCAAGGAGGAGUUCUACACCAAGGCUGAGAGCCUCAUUGGAGUCUACCCCGAGCAAGGGGACUGUGUGAUCAGCAAAGUCCUGACCUUCGACCUCACCAAGUACCCAGAUGCCAACCCCAACCCCAAUGAGCAGUAGCAGUAGUUCUGCCCUCCUGCCCUGUCUGGAUCCCUAAGCUGCCCCUCUCCCAAUCUCUGGAUAUUUGGCUCCCAACCUUCCCCUACCUCCCGUCCCUGUUUGGUAUAGUCAUGGGAUUUAGGCACUGCUGUCAAGCAUGAAGAGGAACAGAGGUGAUGUUAGGUCUGGAGCAAAAAUUCCUGAGCUUCAGGGAGCAUCCUGGCCUUUGGAAGGAGGUGCUGAGCUGAACUGAGCUGAACAGGGCCAUCUGUCCAUUCCCUACCUUCCCCUCUCCCAGACCUCCCCCCCUCCCAUCACCCAUAAUCAUGGGUCCCUUGGGCCCCUUGCAUCUUGCUUGUGUGUGGGUGUGUAUGUGUGUAUAUAUGUGUCCGCGUGUGUGCAUAUGGGCGUGCUUGCAAAAUAAUAAAGAUAUUGGAGACCCAUUUUAGAAGGAGCCUAGGCUGAAUUUGAUUCCAAGAGAGCUUAGUAUGACAGCACCCCAGAGCUGGGCAAAGGUAUUCAGGACCUCAUAGGAAUCAGUCACAUGAAGUUGCCCUCAUUUACUCAUUUGUGUUCUCAUUCAUUUGUGUAUUCGUCAGACAUAUAUUGAGCACCUUCUAUUUGUCAGGCUCUAUUCUAGAAAUACAGAGCUAAAUCAGAUAUGAUCUCUACCCUCCUAUUGAGGAGAUGCAGUGGGUUCAUGGUUUCCCACGGUCAGCUGAAUCAUAUUUAUAGGUACUUUGAGAAGAAGAUGAUCACCUCCAGGCUUCCUGGAGGUCACAUUUGAGCUGAACCUUGACAAAUUGGUAGGAUUUGGUUGGGCACUAGGAGCAGAGCCUGGGCUCUGGGGACAGACAUUUGUGGGUUCUAGUCCUUUUUUUAAAAUCACUUACUGGUUUGAUGUUGGGCAAGUCAUUUGACCUUUCUGUGCCUCAGUUUCCUCAUCUGUAAAAUGGGGCUAACAAUAUUACCUACCUCAUAGGAUUUAAUGAUGUCAAGCUCCUCACUGGGGGCCUUAUCCCUGCUUGGAGCCCACUAGGUGCCGACCCCUCAGAAUAUAAGCCUUCUCAUACCUAGACCCCUGAGGGCUCUAAUCCCAAUUGUUGGGGACAGAAGGAACCUCCAAAUAUGGGAGAUGCUAAAUGCCUUGGUUACUGAGAAAGUUCCAGGGCACCAAUGGGGUUUACCCGGUAAGUGAAGGGCCUAAUGAAGCCUAUAGCUUCAGUCAUGUAACCAGGUGCCUGGGCCCCAACCCAGGUCAUGAGGAAGUCGGGGAGAGGUAGCCUGGACCACAUCCCGGCCGAAUGUGUGUGAAGUUCCCUCUGGGAACUAACCCGUGUCAGCUGCAGGGACCGUGCAGAGGCAGCAGAGUCUGCUGCCAUGAGGUCAGCCUUUGCUCAUUCACAUACACUGUCAGACUGUCACCUUGUCCCGAUUGUAUACUGCAUUCUUGUUUCUUCAAAGUUAAAUCUGUUCUAAUUACUCAAGUGACGCAUGAAU